GCUUAUAUCUAUGAGAGUGAAUUGAGACUUAUUAAUCCUGACGUAUGCGCCUGUUACUUCAGGUCUUGGCAAACCGACUGCCUAAGUUCACACUUCAAACCCCUUCCGUUCAAUGAAACUUCCUGCCUUUGGCAUAGAUUUAUAUACAUACACUGUAUGUCAAUCCUCCUUUUUAGUACCAGUCACAUGGGUCUCAGUAUUAAGUCUCACGAGUAAUCCCCGCAAAUCUCACCCGCCACAAACAACCAUUCACCAUCCCCUUUUCUCCUUUUCUCCACACUAUUACCCAGCUUAGGUAAUACACCUACCUAACAUCGCAAUGAGCAUCUUCCUGGACUUCGACGGCACCAUCACGUCCCAGGAUACCAUCAACCACCUCGCCGACUUCGCGCUCGGGGUCCGCGCGUCCGAGGGCCACGACCUGAAGCAGGAAUGGGACCAAGUCGUCAAAUCGUACGUCGACGACCACGGCGCCCACGUCUCCUCCUACAGCCCGCGUCCGGACUCGCGGAGCUUGCCGGAGCACGAGAUUGAGUUUCUGAGGGACUUGAAGACCGUGGAGACGCGCUCGCUUGGCCGCAUUAAUAAUUGCGCGCUCUUCCGCGGGAUCCACCCGGCUACGUUUAGAGAAGCGGGGAGGCAGCUGGUAGAGCAGGGGACGGUAAAGCUGAGGGAUGGGUUUGCGAAGUUUGUGGAUGCGAGACGGAGGGAGGGGUGGCGGGUUUGGGUGCUGAGUGUGAAUUGGAGCUCGGCGUUCAUCGAGGGCGCGUGUGGCGAGUUGGAGGGCGUGGAGGUCAUAGCGAACGAUGUGAGAGAGGACGGGUCGAUUGCUGGGCCUAAGGUGUUGAAUGGCGACGGGGCCAAGGAACAGAGGAACUUGACGAACUCGCGCGAUAAGUUGGACGCCAUGGAAGCCAUACUCGAAGCAGAGGGAUUGUCCCGGAACCCGUUGAUAUACUUUGGCGAUUCCACUACGGAUCUGGAAUGCCUGCUUGCUGCGGACCUAGGGUUCGUUAUUUCGGAUAAGGAGGACUCAUCGCUAUUGAAGACUCUUAGGAGGAUAGGCAAGGAUGUUCCUCAUAUACGGGAUCACGAUCAGAGUACGGCAGGUAAGCUUGCAUGGACUUCGAAUUAUGAAGAUAUACCGGCGACUAGGUUUGUCCUGGAAAGGAGUAAAACAUAAAACAGAAAAAGAGUUCCUAGAUAUUUAUGGUGGUUUAAUCAUGCUUUCGACAGGGAAACUGCCAAAGAUACUUUGAGUACAUAUAAGUAAAUAGCGUUCCCUCUGUACGAAUUUAUUCGCGUACUAAGAUUGACGCAGGACUUAUAAGUUCUUACAGAAGACCAAGAAAAGCUAUUGCGUAGGGAUCACUCAAUAUGCGUGGUCCCUACAUAUCAAACAAUGAAAAUCUAUGAAAUACA